AUGGCUAUGGAAUAUGAAAAAGGAUUCUAUUAUUUCAAUAGAGAGGGUGAUACUUCUAUUCCUGAUGCUACGACUAAAGCUGAAGAAUUUGCUCAAAGGUUUGCUAGAAUUAUUGAAGAUUUCAAAAAAGAUCCUGCAAGGCAAGGCGUGCCUCUUGAUGUCCUUGAUGUAGAGAAUGCAAAUGCCAUAUCCCUAUUUGAGAAUGUUGUUCGUCUUAAUGAUGCCAUUGUAGAUGAAGGGAAACGACUAGAGAAUUUAGUUAGAGGAGUUUUUGCAAGAACAUACUUGAUCUUGCUUCAUUACAUGUCAAUAUCUGAAACCAUGAGUCUUGGAAUAGACUGGACCAGCCUACCUGUUCAUGCAAACAUUGAUUUUAGUUGCUUAAUGUUCCUUGUUACUGUAUCAACCCUUAAUUGCUCCACUUUCCCAUUGUCUGGUUUGGUUAAGUCACUCUUCACUAUAGGAGUGCAUGGUGUGGCUGAUGAUGUUGAGAAUAUGAUGAUCCUUUGCUACUCUCGAUUGACAUUUGACAGUACUUGGCUAAUUGUAAUCAUAUUUCUUGAUAAUUCUGGUGCAGAUAUCAUUUUGGGUAUUCUGCCAUUUGCAAGGGAGCUACUUCGGCGUGGGAGUCAGGUUAUAUUGGCUGCUAAUUACUUACCUUCCCUCAAUGAUGUGACUUAUGCUGAGCUAAUUAAAAUUAUAUCAAAGUUAAAGGAUGAAGAAGGACGUCUCGUGGGUGUCGGUACUUCAAAUCUUCUAAUUGCCAACUCCGGAAAUGAUUUACCUGUUAUUGAUCUUACAAGGGUGUCACAGGAACUUGGAAACCUUGCCAAUGAUUUAGAUCUUGUCAUCUUAGAAGGGAUGGGUCGUGGAAUAGAAACAAAUCUCUAUGCUCAAUUUAAAUGUGAUUCCCUCAAGAUUGCUAUGGUAAAACAUCCUGAGGUUACAGAAUUUCUUGGGUCACGUUUUUAUGAUUGCGUGAUCAAAUAUGAUGAAGUUUAGAGCUUAAAAUUAAGGCUGAUUCUUUACUUUGAUAAA